GGGUCCCGAGGAGUUCCCAGGCCAGUGUUGAGACAUAUAAUCUCUCCACCUAGUCCUGGGUCUUCCCCGAAAUAUGAUGAUCUGACAAAAAACCUCGCUGAAAAAGCAUAUCAUUCCUCUGCCUCACUGUGAAGGGGCGUAGAAGUUGUCUGGACCAUAUUACCUUUUAUACAGGAGGAGGACGUAUAAAGUGAGAGCGCUCCCGUGGCAUGAGACGGGACUUGUACAGAAACAAUGAUUAGAUACUUGUACAGAAACAUAAUGAAUGAAUGAAUACGUUAUUCCAGACUCAGAGUUACAUAUUUGAACGCAAUGCAUUACACUGCUUGGGCGUCAUCGUUUGCGUGAUCUUUUGAAGAAACGUAGCGUUGCAAAACAACAAUUUCUGACUGUAAACACGGAAGAUAAUGAUAAACACAGACACGUACAAAAAACAUAAAAUGGGAUGUCCCCUGCUACACCACUAACAUGAGAAAAAUAUGGUUUUUUUUUAUUUGAAUUUGAAUAUGAAAUGAUCCAAUGGGAUGUUCUGGCGAAUGAAUAAUUAUCCGGAACCUUCUCUUCCGCGCCCACAAAGAAAAAACAGCUCUCUCUCUACUGACCUCAGGCACGAGUAACGGAGCACCUGGAAGAUAAUGCAGAGACAAGUUUGACAUUGGGUUAUAAAGAGCGGCAAAGGUUGCACCUUGAGGUGAUGUCGGCUCCCGCGAAUCUCCAAUUCCCUCCCCCACACCAGACCCCAGAUACCACGGACACAGACUUCAUCACCGUGGCCUCAGGAAACACAGAAGCUCUCCUGAGUGAGGUCGUUAAUCACAGAGACAUUGGUGAAUUCCUACGUGCCGAUUUCCGCCUCCCCAUACACUGCACCAGCCCAGACAAUCCCCAUUGCCUCAGGUACGAGUUUGACGUCGACGGCGUCGUGAUACAGGUGCGUCACAUGAGAGGCAUAGUCGCAGACGUCGGUUAUUUGAACCUGCCCCGUAUGGAUCCCGGUAGCCUCAAAAGGCAGUACAGCUACCUCAAAAAACACGUGUCCCUGCCGCGCUGCAGCCCGGAAGGCUUGGCGGCACUCAAAAACUGCCUGGGUCAGAGAAUAGCAAACGUGGCAGGGGGCUACGUCCUGACGCUCUGCGCUGUCCCCAGCAGCCUGACGAACCCGGACCUCAGGCUGAAAACCCCACGGUUGUAUGGCACCCUCGCGGCUGAGCUGUUGAAGGAGGUGAGGGAAGGGUUCGGCCGGCUCCUCGACGACCUGCCACAGGAGGACAUGUGCCGCCCCACUGUCCAGAAACAGGGUACCACCAACCUGGCGUUUUACCGAGUCCUCGCCGUGGACCAAAGCUUCAUCCUGAGCCUCCUGGACCGGGCCGUGGAGACGGCCAACAGCUGCCCCUUCUUGCAGGUCAUCGCCACCCUCGGGCAGUUUGGCCAGCGGGAUCCUGAGGUCCUGCGGCUCGGCGACUUGCUCCUCCCCGGUUCCGUGGGGUCCGUAUCGGUCCACCUCGCCUCAAAGGUGCUGGCAGUGGGGGAGGACACGCACCUCCUCCUCUCACGUCACGGCCUGCUGCCCCUGAUUGGUGUGAGGGGGUCACUGUUUUCAACCCUGGGAAUGCACGAGACAUGCAAUUUCCAGUCCAACUUAAACACCCUAUGCACGGACGUGGGCCAGGCCAUUAUGUGCGUGCUGUCCAAAACCGGCGAGGUCACAUUCUUGCAGCUGUACGCGGACGCCCCGCACAGCCAUUACAACCAGCCUUUCAAACACCCCGUCAGUGGGGUGCUGGUCAACUGCGGCUUGAGCCACCCGAACUUCAAGGCUACCCUUACCAGCAGGGCGUUUGCCUACAUGAAGCAUAUUCGGGACUUGAGGCUCCGCCUGGUGUGUCAGGUGGGAUGCCGCAUCGAGCAGGUGGUGCGGUUCGAGGGCGAGGAUGCUCCCUUCGAGUAUGACCCGAGAGAGUUUUUCGACCUGCCUGCUCUGCAAAGGCUCUUCCAGGACCGUGCGCUGCUGGUGCCCUUCCGGGACAGAGAGGAGGAUGGCCGGGGUCUCCUGUCCACAUUGAGGGGUAUUGUCAGCCACCUGGCCGGCAUCCUGGGAGAGUCGUUUCGAGGCAGUGCGGGCGUGGGCAGAUACGACCCCUCGUGGAAAGCAUUCCAGGCGGAGCUGGCUCUGGAAGAGCUCUUCUUUGGGCACCCACUGUCAUCACUCGACAACACCCUGAGUGCCAGCCUGGGAACCAGCACGGUGAGUGAACGCAGCGCCACCCACGAGAGGGGGUUCAUCGGGCUGGCCCCCCACAACAGCGCCAGCCUGGAGGAAUCGCCACCACCCCUCCACCACUGGACCAGGGACCCACUGCAAGUCACACGCAUCGAAAGGCUGUGGGCACUCUGUCAGUGUUUGGAAGCUGGACCGGCCGUGCUCGGGGCUGCCCUGAUAAGGGUCUUGCUGGGGGACCUGUACCAGCGGAACGAUCGGCUUCCCUGGACGUCCCUAAAGUCAGACACGCCCCCUGGCAGGCUGACGGGGGCGACGGACGUGAAGAAACUCGCUGCCGACCUCGCCACCAAGGAAAGCUUCCCCGUCCCUCACACAUUCAGCAGGGCGCGCACCCUGGUGAGAGACGCAGGCCAGGAUGUGGAGGACUGCCUCGUCCGAGGCUUCACGGCAGAGGGCAUCAUCUUCUUCCCAGCCUUCAAGUUUACAGACCUCCGGAGUACCAGAAGGAUCUGGUGGAACUUUAAGGACUGGGUGCAGGUCAGCCACGGGGACCAAUCCGUCCUGCAGAUGUCCGACGUGGCCUCAAAGAGUCUCCAGGUCAUGUGUGAGAUUGAAAGGCGCUCCCUCUGCUUUUCCAAACACAUGGAGGUGUACAGAGAGCACGGCAUGCCCUGGAUGGCGACAGCCUUGCAGAGGCUCCCGCAGGCGAUGAAGGGAGGUUUGCUCCUCAACACGCUGACCUUCGUCUCCUGUGUGGCCCUGGUCCAGAAUGGCGCCUACGUCGACUUCACGCACCUGAAAGACCUUUGCCAAGAAAUGAGCUUGGGGGGCGUGUCACAGGCCAGACUGCAGCAGCUUCUGAUCCAGGGGAAAUUCAUCCUGGACAAAGUGAGGAAUCUGAGGAUUUGGAGCCUGCAUCCCACCGUCCCCUACAAGUUGCAGAAACAAGGGAUCGCCAUCCCAUCCCUGCGACCGCCGCCGCCCAGCGCGGAGAAGGAGUGUGUGCAGCCCCCGGAAGACGUCCAAGCUGUCGACGACCAGGACGAGCUCAGGCCCCCGUGGUGGUGGCGCUCGCAGGGGAAGUUGUGGGAGUCGACGCACAGCUCGGUGCCUAGCCUGCCCUGA